CUUCAUAUGUCAUUUCGACUCCAAGUCAUGUCUGCGCACGUUUCCAACUCUGCUGAACCCAAGGUGGUCUGCGUCACCGGCGCCGCUGGCCAGAUUGCAUACUCGCUUCUGUUCAACAUUGCUCGUGGCGACAUCUACGGCCCCAACCAGCGAGUCAUCCUCCACUUGCUCGACAUUGCCCCAAUGAUGGAGGCACUCCAGGGUGUCGUCAUGGAGCUCCAAGACUGCUCAUUGCCCCUGCUUGCUGGUGUGGAAGCUACGUCCGACCCCAAGGUCGCAUUCAACAACGCAGACGCUGCCAUCUUGGUCGGUGCCAUGCCCCGCAAGGAAGGUAUGGAGCGCAAGGAUUUGCUGCGCGCCAACGCCAAGAUCUUCAAGGAGCAAGGCGAUGCCCUCAACACUGUUGCCAAGCCCAGCGUCAAGAUUCUUGUCGUCGGCAACCCCGCCAACACGAACGCGCUCAUCACCUUGCUGCACGCCACGUCGCUGCCCAAGGAGAACUUUUCCGCGCUCACUCGCCUCGACCACAACCGCGCCAUUGCUCAAGUCGCACUCCGCGUCGGCGUCAGCGUGGAGAAGGUCCGUAAUGUGAUCAUCUGGGGCAACCACUCGUCGACCCAGUACCCCGAUGUCAACCACGGCGAGGUUGAAGUCGGCGGCCAGCGCAAGAAGAUCAAGGACGUCAUUGCCGACGAAGCUUGGCUCCAUGGCGACUUUAUCAAGACCGUCCAGUCUCGCGGCGGCGCCAUCAUCAAGGCCCGCAAGCUGUCGUCUGCCAUGUCGGCUGCCAAGGCGAUCGUCGAUCACAUGCACGACUGGAUUCAAGGCACUCCCGAGGGCGAGUUCGUCUCCAUGGGCGUCCACUCAACCGGUGUGUACGGCAUCCCUGCUGGGUUGAUUUACUCCUUCCCCGUCACAUGCAAGAACGGCACCUACACAAUUGUCGAGGGCUUGCCCAUCGAUGUAUUCUCGCGCACCAAGAUGACCGAGACUGCCGACGAGCUUGUUUCCGAGCGUGAGGAUGCCAACCAGAUUCUUUCGGCCUAAGAAGGUGGUCUGUUGCUGGUCCAUGCAUGCACAACGCAAUUCUUGUCAGAGUAAAGCGCCAUGUCUGUUUGCUACCUUUUUCAACGCGUCAAGGUUGACACUCAGU